GGGAAGGAAGGGAAAAGAAACCCUCCCUCCAAAACCCCUCUCCGCCUCCUCUGAGUAAAUUUGAUCCCCCCCCCUGUCACUCUCCUCUUCAGCCGUUAGCUGCACGCCAUAAAGAAGAUAAGCAAGCACUCGCACGACUAACAAACUCUUUCUGUUAGACCAUGAGCGAAGAUUCAUCCAAUAGUCCCGCUGCAAAUGAAGCAGAGAAGACUACAAUAGAACCAAUUCGGCUGCCUACAAUCGAAGAAGUAAGGGGUCAAGAUAUUUGGAAUAAUUGUGCUGUUAAAAGCGUUGCCAGCGGAGUUAUGGGAGGUGGGCUUGGGUUGGCUAUGGGGUUGUUUCUUGGUGCGUUGGACAAUCCAAUAAUGCAGGACGAGAUGACUGGUAGGCAGCAAUUUAUUUAUACUGCAAAGCAGAUGGGUAGGAGGAGCUGGGGUUCCUGCAAGGCCUUUGCUGUUAUGGGAUUUAUUUUCUCCGCUGCUGAAUGUGUAGUUGAAAAGGCCCGAGCAAAACAUGACAUGACAAACACAGUUGCAGCAGGGUGUGUGACUGGGGGUGCAAUUUCUGCAAAAGGUGGUCCGAAGGCAGCGUGCUUCGGUUGUGCAGGGUUUGCUGCAUUUUCGGUGGUGAUAGAGAAGUUCUUGGAUAGACACGGUGAGUGAGGAGACGUCACUUUUUGCAGAUACAAUAAUUUGGUGGUUAUUCGAACCCUUUCCAAUUUGGCUACAAAAUAGCAUAGAGGAUGCAACAACAGAGGAGGAUAGAUACAAUUUUUUCUGAAUCUCAUUUAUAGCCAUCCAUCCAUGGGACUCAUUGGUUUUGUUUUGUAUCAUGAGAUGCAGCAAGGGGAUUUUACAAACACACUCAAUUUCAUUGCAUUCAUAGAUUGCUGGAAAUGGAAAAGCUUUAAAAUUUUGAAAAUGUUUCCCUCUGUAAUGUAAUAAUUUUGACAGGCCUUUGUAUUUGCA